UUUAGCUUUCAAGAAGUCUGUGAUAAGAUUUAUGAAAAUUAUGCUACUUUACUCCAAGAUGCUGUUGUCGAGUCUAAGGAACAAGUGUUUGUUAAUCAAAAUACAUAG